UAAGUAUACAUCUGUAUGGAGAUUGGAAUCAUUGGAGAGUAUAAGAGAUCUGGGAGUUUAGUGCCCCUGUGAAUCCUUAGAAAAAGAAUGGGAAAAACCGGCUGAGCUAAUAAAUAUGUGUGUCUGAUCUCCAAUCAAAAUGGAUCGAGAUCGAUAAGGCCUCCCGAAUUACGUUGUGGGCUUCGCGAUGCACGUCAUCACACCGAAUCCGGUGAAGCUUGGAACAGAGCUAAGGUCGAAGCUAGACUUUCAGGAUAUGGAGGGAGGUAUAUAAGGAUGAUUGAAUUACGUUUACUUUCAAUGGUUUCUUUUUAGUAUUUCUCAUACUGCCAAAUUACUAUACCUACAUUACUAUAAAACAAAGUCCCAAAUCAAUAAUCAAAGCCAUUCGCUCUCACAAACACACUCACACAAACAUGGAUGCCCUCAAGAAGUUCGCCGGUGGCAGCAGCUCAGGAAACACUGCCAACACACAGCCCACUGGAGAGAAGAAGGACUACGGAGACAAGAUCGCCGGUUUCAUGAACAAAAAGCAAGGCAACAAGGUGUCUGACCAGCAACUCGAGUCUGGGACCGACACGGUCCGCGGAUUGUACGAGAAGGCUACUGGGAAAAAGGUCGAUCCCAAGUACUCCAACUAGACGUGUGGUGGAAUAGGAGUUAAUGGAUGGUGAUGUCACUGCCCAGGUGCACACAUACACCGACGAUGAUAUGAAGUUUUAAACAGGCCAGACAUAAUUAGGGGAAUGACUCCCAUACCUAAAUUAGAAAGCCAAAGUGCUUCUUUUUAUACAUUUUUAUUAAUCUAAUGAGAUUUAUUUGGUAAAAAACAGCCAAAAAGAAAA